AUGGAAGACAUUGACAAGACAUUCAACGCAGCAGCUGCGGAUGGCCGGAUCCAAGGCGCCGCUCUACUCGUCGAGGACCUCACCGGUCGACAUCUCACGAAGCUAUGGAGUUCGCAGUCUCCGCGAGGAAGCUCCGGAGAAGCUCCGGAGAAGCGACCCCCUGUGACUCCAGACACGCCCAUGCGCAUUGCUUCCGCGUCCAAGCUCCUGACCGCCAUCAUGGUCUUGCAAUGCGUCGAGAGGGGUCUUGCGAGCCUUGAUGAGGGCCUCGAGAAGUUACUUCCUGAAGUCGCUAAUCUAAAGGUCCUUACGGGUUUCGACUAG